AUGACAGAAGUUGAUGUUUCUAUUCCAGAGGGUUCUGCUUUGACGGGCGAUAUUCAAAAUAAUGAAUCAAACAACAGUAACAGGGACGUUAAUGAAGGACAACAACAGAAUGGUUCAUCCAGUGAUAGCAACAGCAACAACAAAACCGACAAAAGUAAAGAAGAAGCCAUGGACGUAGAUGGUGUUGAUACCGAAGAAGAUGAUUCUCAAAUUACCUCAUCAACGGAAAAUGGGGGUAGUGCUGGCAGAGAUGCAAAUUGUAAAGAAUUGGCAAUUAAGUCCGUUGCCAGCUUAAACGAGGACUCAUCGAAUGCAUGUGAGAGCAUUUCGCAGAAUUGUGAUUCAGCGCCUAAAACAGGUGAGGAGAGCGUUGAUAGUGUCAAUAGUCUUUCGGAAAAGGCGGCCUCCAACAAUGCCGAUACUGAAAAUGAUGAAACUAAUACAAAUGAUAGUCAUGUUCAAACAAAGAAAUCAAUAAAUAAUGAUGAAGAUGAUGGCGCCAUAAGUCAUGAUGGUUCUAUGCAUUCUAAAAGUACAAAUCAUGUUGACGAAACAUCCAAUGACAAUUCUAACCAUACUGACGAUCCUCUGGCAGUGCCGAAAAAUAAACAGAAGGAGAAUGGAACUGUUACCAAUCAAGAGAAACAACAAUCGGAUGGUGGUGUUGUUGACCUGGGCGAUGAUUCGGAUAUCGAAAUGUCUGAAGUGACUAAUACAUCAGUCAAAAAUAGCAAUAACAAAAAGCCCGAAGAAAACGAUUCAGAUGGUGCAGUGUUAAUUGGAUCUGAUUCAGAAAAUGAAAACGAUAAACAGCCCGCCAAAACCACAAAGACAGCACCCCCCAUUAAAUCUACUGAAGUGAUCGAUGACGACGAUGAUGAUGAUUGUGUGGUAAUCGAAGAUGAUAAUCCAGCACCAAAUGAUCUCACAAAACGCAAAAUGGACACUCUAAGUGAAGAUUCUCAGCCGCCUAGUAAACGGCAACGUAGUAGUGCUCCGCAAAUGCCUGGACAAAUUAGUAUUAAAGACGCAAGAACUUUAAUUACACCGCCAAUAGCGCAAGAGGCUACAACUAAGCGUACGCCCGACAUGAAUGUCUACCCUGUGAAUAUUACACCUGCUGCAAACUCCGGACCUCCAAAGUUAGUGCCCGUUGGUGCGCCAAUAUCUGCUAGUUCUUCGGCGGCUGCAGCCUUGGCGGGUUUAACUGGUUUGAAUACACCGGCCAAUACCAAUAUUCUACCUGGCCUUACUGAUGAAAUGUUUGUUUUGGAAGCUCCAUCCUUCAUAGUCCCAUAUAUUUAUGAGAAACCACCUUCGGAGCAAAUAAAGGAUGUGAUCAAAGAAAUAGAAUCAAAAUUUUCCUUCACUAAAGAAGACUUUGAUGAUGUUGAUAAGGCCGACGAAUUUGAUAUGAUGACUGAACAGAACAAGGAGGAUCGUGAAGAAGAAACAAAAAAGAAGAAGAAACGUCGACGUGACGACGGAGAUGAUGAAUCCUGGUCGGAGGAAGACGAAGAAUCGGAAGAUGAUGACGAUGAUGACUCGGAAACCGGUAUGCGCACAAAAGUACUCAUCAAAGAAGCUUCUGAUGACAUGACGGCCCUCAAAGGAGCGAUAAAACCGGCAUCAUCUACGUCUUCAACGUCAGCAACAGUUGAUGGUACCGCUGCAAAGCCAGGUCAAGAAAAUUAUUUCGAAAGUCCCUUGGGAAAAUUCUUCAUGGAUAUAGGUGUUGGUCUAGUGCAAGAAUUUGUACAAAAUGAUUUAAUUCGUUUGCAAAAACGCAAAAUGCGCAAAAGUUUGGGCCGCAAUACUGCUGAAUUCGAAAAAGCAAUUGCAGCUCUUACUGCCAAUAUGGAGGCUUCAAAGAAAAAGAAUUCCCCUUUUAAAUUCAAUAUGAAACGGUGCGAGUUCUGCAAUUUUAAAUCUGAAUCUGCCUUAUCAAUGGCAAAUCACUAUGAAACACCUCAUAUGAAUGGUGUGCUGUACAAGUGUAAUUUCUGUAUUUUCGAAAUUCGCAACGCUACUGAAAUCGUGUACCACAUGGAAGCUGUUCAUAACAUCAAAGCACGUUUAAUUAAACCGUUGCCUUAUCAUCAAUGUCCAAAUUGCGGCUUCGAGGAUAAUGGAAAAGCAAAAUUAGCCCGUCAUCAACCUGUUUGUGCGAAAAAAUUCAGACCCGAAGUGAAUUUAGCUCCUCCUAAUGAUUGGGAAGCUCCUGCCAAGAUACCACGUCUCAAACCACGUCAUGGACUGGUGGCAACCGCUACUGCUUAUCAAGCCAUGGCAGCUCAAGCUGCUGCACAAAAGGCUGCAUUGGCUUCCAUACAGCAACAACAACAGGCCAGAAACCUGCAGGCUGCAGCAUUAGCAGCUCAAAAUGCAGCCAAUAAACUACGCGGGCGGGCACCUCCAGCACCGGUUAGCAAAAAUGCGCAAAAUGCCGGUGCCAUGAUGAGAGCCGCCAACCAAGUUCGUAAUCCAGCAGCUACUAAUGUAGUAUUGCCAAACAACUAUCAACUAGGUGCCGGAGGCCAAAUAAUACAAAACCCAAUAGGCAAAAAAUCAACAGGACAACCAAGUAUUUCAAUAACACCGCUACCUCGUCAAUCAACUGGUGGAGCAGCUGGUUCAUCACCAUCGACUAGCAAGGUACCACCAGCUGGUAUGAAACCAGGUCAAAGUCCUGGGGGCGGCAAAGCUCAAUUCGUUAUAUGUGAGAUAUGUGAUGUCUACAUCAAGGAUCUGGAACAAUUGCGUAAUCAUAUGCAGUGGAUGCAUAAGGUCAAAAUACACCCGAAAAUGAUAUAUAAUCGACCUCCAUUGAAUUGCCAAAAAUGUCAGUUCAGAUUCUUUACUGAUCAAGGUUUGGAACGGCAUUUAUUGGGUUCCCAUGGUUUAGUGACAAGUUCUAUGCAAGAGGCAGCCAAUAAAGGCAAAGACGCCGGCAGAUGCCCAGUAUGUGGAAGGAUGUAUCAAUGGAAACUAUUGAAUCAUGUAUCUCGUGAUCAUCAUAUGACUUUAAAACCAGCACAUUUAUCCUAUAAGUGUACCGUCUGUACAGCAACCUUCGGCAUGUACAAACAAUUCGAAACACAUGUGUAUACAGCACAUAGUACUGUGGCAAAAAAGGCAAUGGAUGGGAAAAAGAACUCAACCCUUCCCAGUGCGGCAGCCGGCAGCAGUUCAGGACGAAACAGUUUAAGUGCAGCCAACGAUUCAUUGUUGAAACCAUUAAAAAUUAAUGAUGAGAUCACCAUUAUACCACAACCUGCAUCGAAAUCGCGCAUUUCAAACAUGGAUACACACGUUAUUGAUUAAUUUACGUUGAAAUGAAGCAAUACAGAAGGAACAUCCCACAACGACAAAUCUUUUUAAGGGCUACAACAAAAUAUUGCUAGACUAUUGCUAGUAACACAAAAGGGACGUCAGUAAAAUUUGCUACCAAUACAAUACAUAUAAUGAAAUAUGAAGGAAACCUCCAAGGUUCUCUAACGCAUAUAACAAAUUGCAAAUUUUGAAUUAAAAAAAACUGCAACUAUAAUGUUUUAAUGGCUAAGCGCUCUGUAAAAUAUUUAUUUAACACCACUCACAUUUCCUCGCCAACAAUAUAGAGAAAAUAAAAAUAUCUAUCCUUUUUUAUCGUUUUCUAAUCUUUUUGAAAUCUUCUUCUAAUCCUACUCAAUGUUAUUAACAGCAACAGUGAACUUUAACUAUUUACAUACAAUCAAUAUAAAUACCAUUGUUAAUAUACACAAGCUAUGGCCAAUUCUUGUUCGAAACGUUCGUUUAGCAUAACUUUCCAUUUUUAUUUUAGUUUAGAUUUUGUUUAAGCCUACACUGAAUAAUGAAUUUCGUUUUCGAAACACAAGAAACAAAUAAACAAACAAAAAACAAAAGUUUUAACUUUAAUUAAAUGAACAUAAAAAAUAUAUAUACAUAUGCAUACAUAUAAAAAAGUUGAUAACUAAUUAAAAAUUAUUAAAAAAAAGUUACAAAACCACAAGUGGUAUAUGUACAUUAGUUAAAAAAUAAAUACCUAAUAAGUGUAGUACAGUAGUAAUAUAUUUAUAUAUACUGAUGAUAUAUGUAUAUCUAUAAUAUGUAUGUAACAAAUACAAGCAAAAAAUGAGAAAAUAUUAAUUUAUUUAACGUGAAUUUUAGUUAUAACAGUUUUUUAUACAUAGAAUGGAUCGAUCUGCUUUCCGAAUUCUAAAUAUGAUGAAAUUGUUAGUACACGUUAAUUUCUUAUUUAAUAAAAACAGAAACAAAAAAAUAUAAUUUUAGUUUAUAAA